AUGAGUGUAGAAUUAAUAGAUAGUAGAAUUAUUAAUAAUUUUAUCGAAGAUGAGGAAGCUUUUACUGCCGCAUUACAAUGUCGUUAUGCUGAAUUAGACAGCGACCAUGAUGGAGUUCUUUGCUACGCUGAAAUACUAAAAGAAUUUCAGUCUCUUAGAAUACUGGACACAGAUUUUGGUAGCGAUUUCGAUCACGAUAAGGAUGGCGUUGUGAGCUUGAAGGAGUACAUGGCAGAGACGAAGGAGAUGAUGAUGGCCAUAGCCAAUGAAAUAGGGUUCAUGCCAAUCCAGAUGGUGUUGGAAAAAGAUAGUCUUCUCAUGAAAGCUGUGGAGCGAGAACACUCAUAA